UAAAUCUCCAACCUGCACCGAAACAUCCCAAACUGCAACUUUCCUCUCCAUGUCUGUAUUUGUACUGUGCCUAAUGCUGUAUAUACAUUUACCAUUGUAAUAAAAAGAGCUGCUUUAAAAAUACUCUGCUUUGUCCUCAUUCGAUUUUGAACAAGCUUAACAUUCGGCCACCAUCUUAUGACAGGGAACAAAAAGAUUCACACUAAUAGUCACACCUAUGGUUAGAAAAGAGGCCUCUGAUGUCCCAGCAGCCUCGAAGGCAACAUGACUUCCUUGACACCUGUGUGCAAAAGGUGAUCUGAAUGAUCCUAAUAUGGCCCCGCCUCCUUUACUUGGCUUUUUAACCAGGUGAGCAUUGAGCUGUGGAACUUUGCUGCUUUUAAAGAGACGGACUAGUAUUUGAAACAUGAAGAUUACCGACAGUGAUGUGAUUCGCUUUCACCUUCAACUUAUUCAUGGAAUAAAUGUCAAAAGUGUUGAGAGGAAAACCGAAAGACACUUUGCUAGUGGUGCAAAGAUCUUUGGUGUUCCUCUGGAGAAUUUGUCAAGAAGUUUUAUUCCUGAAUUUGGCCUGGUUCCUGGCUUUCUGGUGGACUCUUGUUCGUUUCUUCUGGAGCGUGCCGGAACCGUGGGCCUCUUCCGGAAACCAGGAUCACUCCCUCGCAUCAAGGCCCUCAGAGCCAAGCUGAAUCGUGGAGAGGCCUGUCUCCCCACAGCCUUCGCCUACGACGUGGCCACCCUCAUCAAGCAGUUCUGUCGGGAGCUACCAGACCCUCUAAUACCUACAGAGAUCCACGAGGCGAUGCUUAAAGCCCAGAUGCUGGACUCCCAGCAGGACAGAACCUCGGCACUCCAGCUGCUAUCCUGCUUACUGCCUGCCAGAAACUCCUCAUGUCUGCAUUAUCUGUUUGACUUCCUGUCCAAAGUGAACCAGAGAUGUGAGGAAAACUUGAUGACCAGCUCCAAUCUGGCUAUGGUCUUUGCCCCCUGUCUCCUACCGCCUCCUAACAAACACGAGAUGUCCGAACGACGCUUUGAACUUCGAAUUCUUGCCCUGUGCGCCUUCAUCGCAAAUCCACAUUUGUUUGGGGUAAUUCCAAAGGCUGUCCUAGAAAGUAUGGACUUCCUGAUCAACUGCCACCUUCUGGAGGAUGUAUCCUCAAAGACUCCAAAGAGACGCAGUUUGAAAGCCUUGUGGUCUGUUAAGACUGUACCGUGGAUUCAAGCGAAGCUGAAGGUCAGGCCAGCAGACCAUCAGCAAACCCAGAAGUCCGACUUGCGAGGAAGACCGACUCUCAGGAGGAGUGUCGGCUUGGAGACGUUCCCAAAUAUUGCCUUUUUUAGGGCCUGCGUGAGUGAAGAUUCAUCACCUGGAGCUGCCAUCUUGGAUGCCUUAAAUCCUGGCAAACCGUCUCCACCUAAUAAGAUAAAAAGGGACACGCGUCUUGGUCUUUCCCCUGACCCGAGCCAAGGACAGAAUGCAUCUAUGUUCACUGGAGUGGGCAAGCUGCAACUGGCGUCUUGGAGUCGACGGAUUUCUUUAUGACACAAUUGUGGCAUUUUUAAAAACUUUGAUACAUUUAGAUUUUAUUUAAAUUAUUGUUCUAGCUAUAAUGUAACACCAUCAUAGUCAUUAAAAACGGUUUUCUAUUGGGAUGCUGGUACGCCAUGUAUCUCACAAUGUGACAUUACAACCAUAAAUAAAACUAUGAAAC